CAUUCAAAACUAUGGCAGGAGUAUCGAAUAUAUUUAACUAACAUUAAACUCUGAAGACAUGGAAAUCCCGUCAGCUAUUAACAGCGAAGAUAACAUUAUAGCGAGGCGCCUGUCGUUUUCUUCGGAAAAAUAUGUUAUUACAACGGAGGAACCAAACAUGACAUGUAAAGAAGUCCUAACGUUACAAAGUGUUCCCGACGACAAAAAUUCAUGCGCACUGUCUGCGGAAGUAGACCAACAACUUUCUACACUAGCCGUAAACACAUGUUUUAACGUGAAUAAUGAAAUUGAAUUAAAAGAUGCCUCCCCUAACCAUCGACUUAAUUCAAAACAGCAGAGCGUAAACAACCCAGAGGACAAGGAAAACGCCGCUUUACCGUCCACACCCAGCCUGCCCGAUAACAACCAAGAAGAGGACAUUUCUGGUCAGAGCAGUGUGACUGCCUGUCAACAGCUCAGUAACCCAGAGGACAGUGAUAUGGAGGUGAUGAGACGAGCGCAGGACAAUGACUGUGUGAACGUGGUUUUCCCUGGAACUGUGACUCAGGAAGGCUGCUGCCGCUUCGUCAGUGAGAUCCUAAAGUGCAUCCUCUAUCAGAGACAGCAACUGCCCAUGACAUAUGACCAGCUGGUGUACUCCCAGAAGAAACAGCAAGCCUCCAUGCAGGAUGAAGACAUAGUAGCUCGGAGGCCGGGGCAGUCUGCAGACGUGAGCGGGCGCAAGUGUCAGCAGACCCCUCAGGAGCUGGAGGAGGUGCUCUUCUCCCUCAGCAGGGUGCCCCGCGUGCUGCUGCUGAUGAUCAACAUGGAGGCCCUGGUGUUGGCUGGUGGAGACAAAAGUCUACAGGUGUCCGCAUGCUUAAGGCAACUCUUCCGGACUCUGUUUGUGGCCGACCUUUUGUCGGACACCAAACCUGUUCGUUUGAUUCCCACCACGGUCUUGGUACUGGCCCACAGGGACUGCGGCGUAGGGUGGUUCCGCCCUAAACUACAAUUUAAAGUGCCAACCCGUGUAAAGAACCGAAUUAUCGCUCUGUCUAAUGAUCCCAGCACCUGCAAGGAACCAAUGGUCCAGGGGUCCGACUGGGAGGAUUAUGUGUGGUUUCAGGCACCCAUGACCAUCAAGGGCUUUGGCAAGUGA